GCGGGGCACCGCCUCUGUGUGCAGGUUGCUGGCGAGGCAGGGACUCUUCUGUACCGAACGUGACGCGAGGGGUGCCGGCAGCCAUGGAGAAGAUCCCUCCAGUAGGCCUGGGAACCUGGAAGGCCUCUCCAGGAGAAGUAACUCACGCCGUGAAGGUGGCCAUCGAUGUGGGGUACCGGCACUUUGACUGUGCGUACUUAUACCAAAAUGAGAAUGAGAUAGGAGCGGGGAUCCAGUGCAAGAUCAGCGAGGGUGCUGUGAGACGAGAGGACCUGUUCAUUGUCAGUAAGCUAUGGUGCACUUUCCACAAGAAGUCCUUGGUGAGGACAGCGUGCUGCCAGAGUCUGAAGGCCUUAAAGUUGGACUACUUGGACCUCUACCUCAUUCACUGGCCCAUGGGUUUCAAGCCUGGAAAAGUUGACGUGCCUUUGGAUAGCAGUGGCAAUGUUGUACCCAGCAACACAGACUUCCUGGACACGUGGGAGGCCAUGGAGGACCUGGUGACAGAAGGGCUGGUGAAGGCCAUUGGGGUGUCAAACUUCAACCAUGAACAGCUUGAGAGGCUUUUGAAUAAGCGGAAUUUGAGGAUCAAGCCAGUCACUAACCAGAUUGAGUGCCACCCAUACCUUUCUCAGAAGAGACUGAUCAGUUUUUGCCAAGCCAGAAACGUGUCCGUGACUGCUUACUGUCCUCUUGGUGGCUCAAGCCAGGGUAUUCACUUGAUGGAUGACCCUGUGAUUGAGAGGAUCGCCAAGGAGCACAGCAAGUCUCCGGCUCAGAUUUUGAUUCGAUUUCAGAUUCAAAGGAAUGUGAUCGUGAUUCCCAAAUCUGUCACCCCACACCGGAUUCAAGAGAAUAUCCAGGUAUUUGAUUUUGAAUUAACAGAGCAAGAUAUGAAUGACAUCUUCAGUCUAGAUAAGAAUCUCCGGUUGGCCACGUUCCCCACAACUGAAAAUCACAAAGACUAUCCUUUCCACACAGAAUACUGAGAAAGCUUCCCUCCCCUCAUUUCCUCUCAGCCAAGACAAACUGACACAGGUGCUGGUGUCAGCCACUUCCGCAUGGAUCUGCAGUCACUGUGCCAGCAGGGCAGCGGCCAGGGGUGGGAGCGAGGUGGUUAGAGACAGGGCCCUGGCUGAAGCGGAUGCCCCGUUCUCUGCAGACACAAAGAAUCGAAGGUGUUCUGAGUGCCGGAAAGAGAAAAGUGUCUGGAGGGUCAUACACCGUCCCGGGGCCCCAUAUGGUUGUUACGGGUCCAUCGAGCACACAGUGCAAUGCAAUUUCUAAAUGGCAGUACCUGUGGCCUCUACCAAAAAAAUAAAUAAUUGGUGACUC